CAUUACUGGGAAACGGAGACUUGCUGGGAGACACAGCACUUGUUCCUCUAGCAGUCUGAUUUAUAUGAGGCUCCCAAGCAUUCUGGUUUGAUCAUUUGAAUGCAAAGACUUUUGGAUUAUACCUACUGCCUGCAAAUCUAGUGAAUAAUGCUGGAUAAUAUGAUAGUUAAAGCUUGCUCCAGCUUGCAGCAAAAAACAAAACAAUUAAAUGCUCGUUGGUAGAAAUAACCCUGUUCAGUCAUUCCUUCUUGUCAAUAUGACAGUCAGAUGAGGACAUGGGAAAACACAGAGGCUGCCACACAAGACGGGUGGAUCUUCUUAAUAUUUAGAGAGCAGCAUGAGAAAAGAUCAGGAUAUAACAAAUGAUCAUCUCAGCACUGAGCCCCUUAACUCCUACUCUCUAUCAGCAAACCUGUUUCCAAAAAAAUAAAAGAGCAAACGAAGCAUCACUUCCAAACUAGUCAGACUCCAGCUGUCUACAGCCAGAUGGUGAUCUGCAUGAUGUGAACAAGAAAAAAAAAGGAGAUGCUUUAUUUUGUGUUGUGUUUAUUUUCCAUGGAGACCUAGCUGCAAUCACCCCCCUGCUACUGGAAUUGCUUUGCCUGUAGGAGGAGGUUUGCAAUACAAGAGAUGAGUGGGGCAGUGACUGCAAAGUGAUGUCUGAGAGUAACUUCAAGAUCUUACUCCCUAUUGAUGUCACAAGGCCAAAUCACUGCACCCCUCCUAUGAGGAUAAUGAUAAUAUUGACUGUGGUUAAAUGAAAUGGACAUGGAAAAGAAACUCACAAGGAUCAUAACAAUAUUUACUUUCAGUCUUGUUUUAAAAUUUCAUUGGAUUUGAAUGGUGUUGUGAGUAGGAAAGCAAAAACACUUGUCUCUUUUUUUUUUUUCUCCAGUGGACGUUUAACAUCCUUGGAUAAAUCACAAAGCGUUUUUAUUAAGUGCUGGCAAAUGUGGAUUUUGGCAAAUGGAUGUGCUUCUAGUACAAAACCUCGAGUGAAAAUUGGCAGUAAUCAUAAGAAAACUGUUGCUACCUAGGCUUGCAGAGUAAAUAUAGAGAGUUCCCUGGAAUUCGCUUCUCUCUAUUUAUUGCAUAUCCCUCUACCCUGGAUAUUUGUUAACAUCCUUACAGAGCUUCCUUGUAUUUUCUAUGGAUGGGGCUACAAUGUUGCUGCUGCAUAAUUUUGCACAUUCUGGACAUGAUACUUAUAUGCACAAAGAGAUUGAUGCAUUUGAAAUGUAGUUUUAUGCUUAGAAGGGGUAAUCUACUAUAAUAUUUGUGGACUGGUUUUAUGAGUAUUUUUCUUUUUUUCCCUUUGGAAAUUGUGAACACGUAAAAACGAGCAGACAUGACACCGUGGCAUGCGCAGCUGAUGGAGCCUUGUGCACAGUAGCUGGGUGCUGUAGUAAAAAUCAAAUCAAGAUGGAAGUUGCCAUGGUGAGUGCGGAAAGCUCCGGCUGCAGUAGCAGCCAUCUGCCUUAUGGUUACGCCCAAGCACGAGCCAGAGAGCGUGAACGCCUUGCCCACUCACGUGCAGCAGCUGCAGCCGAAGGCGGGAACUCAGGGGGUGGGGCCUGUCAUCAGAACCAACAACAGCAGCAACAGACUGGAUGUCAGGGGAGUAGCAGCGGGAAUGCACGAAAUGCACCUUUGCCAUUGCAAGAACAGCAGCAGCAGCACAGAAAAGGUCGACGAAAAUACUGGCCGCUGAGUGGUUGCAACAGGUGGCGGAGCCGGUAUCAUCACACUGGAAAUGAAUGCAGUGGAGGGGCAGAAGAAGGAGAAGAUGAGGGCAUCUUUCCCUCAGAGCUGGCCCCCUGUGGCUCUGAGGAGAUGAUGUUAAAGGAGGAAGAGGCUGAGGAGGACCAAAAGUUUUAUGUGUGUGAAGAGGAGGAGCAUGGGAGUCCUCCACAUAGGGGGGAGCAGGACAGUGGGUAUCACCCAGUAUACAGUGAGUUUGAGUGUUGUGAGCGUGUCGUUAUUAAUGUAUCUGGGCUUCGAUUUGAGACCCAACUUAAGACGUUGACACAGUUUCCAGACACUUUGCUGGGAGACCCUGAGAAGAGGAUAAGGUACUUUGACCCAUUGAGGAAUGAGUACUUUUUUGACAGGAACAGGCCCAGCUUUGAUGCCAUUCUAUAUUAUUACCAGUCUGGUGGGCGCCUCAAGAGGCCAGUUAAUGUGCCCUUUGAUAUCUUUUCAGAGGAGGUGAAGUUUUAUGAGUUGGGGGAAGAGGCACUGCUUAAAUACAGAGAGGAUGAAGGAUUUGUGAAGGAAGAAGAGAAGCCGCUUCCAGAAAACGAGUUUAAGCGCCAGGUAUGGCUUCUCUUUGAGUAUCCUGAGAGCUCUGGGCCGGCCCGGGGCAUUGCCAUUGUUUCGGUGCUCGUGAUACUCAUUUCUAUAGUCAUCUUCUGCUUAGAGACAUUGCCUGAGUUCAGGGAUGAUAAGGACAGCUUCCUGAGCCCCAUGGGUACUGCAGGAGGGAAUGGGUUAAGUGGUAUAAAUAAUAGCACCCUGAUACUGACAGAAAGUGGCCACACUGUCUUCAAUGACCCCUUUUUUAUAGUAGAGACAGUGUGCAUUGUGUGGUUUUCCUUUGAGUUCGCAGUGCGACUCUUUGCAUGCCCUAGCAAGCCUGGCUUCUUCAAGGACAUCAUGAACAUUAUAGAUAUUGUUUCUAUCUUGCCUUAUUUUAUCACACUGGGCACUGAGAUUGGGCACCAGCACAGCCCUCAGCAGCAACAGCAUCAACUUCAGCAAGCACAGGGCCCUGGACAGCAACAACAGGCAAUGUCUUUUGCCAUUCUGAGGAUCAUUCGCCUGGUGAGGGUCUUCCGUAUUUUUAAGCUAUCCAGGCACUCUAAGGGGCUGCAAAUCCUUGGUCACACUUUGAGGGCCAGCAUGAGGGAACUAGGGUUGCUCAUUUUCUUCUUGUUUAUUGGAGUCAUUCUAUUCUCUAGUGCUGUCUAUUUUGCAGAGGCAGAUGAACCCACCACACACUUUCACAGCAUCCCUGAUGCCUUCUGGUGGGCAGUGGUGACUAUGACUACAGUGGGAUAUGGGGACAUGAAACCAAUCACAGUUGGUGGGAAGAUAGUAGGUUCCCUGUGUGCCAUAGCAGGGGUAUUAACUAUUGCACUGCCAGUGCCAGUUAUAGUCUCCAACUUCAACUACUUCUAUCACAGGGAAACUGAAAAUGAUGAGCAGACACAGUUGACAUCAAAUGGUGUCAGCUGUCCAUACCUACCCACCGACCUGCUGAAAAAAAUAAGGAGCUCGACAACCUCCUCCUUGCAGGACAAGUCAGAAUAUUUAGAGAUGGAGGAAGGACUCAAAGAGGCUCUUUGCAUAAGUGAAAAGAGUAAUCAGGGCACAGGGAAUGGUAAUGAGACCAUUAAAUAUAACUGUGUAAAUUUAAAGUCUCUUGAAACUGAUGUGUGAAAUAUUUUUUUUAAAUCUUAAUAUUUAUGCAUUGAAGAGUGCAGUGAAAAAAAAUGAAAUAUGCAAAUCUGAUCAGUAAAUAGACAUUUUUCUGAUUAGAUACGAAUUAUAGUGGCUUCCUCUUGUAAGAACAUCCAAACUUUGGGACCAGACAAAAUAUUCUUUUAAACAGAACAAAUAAAAUACAGGAAUUACAGUGCCUGUUCUUUGGCUUUGUUUUUUUAUAGGAUGAAUUCAGCCCAGAGAAAUAAGCAUUUGUAUUGGGUUAUUUACAAGCUAAUAUUGCUUGAUAAAGCCUUUCUGAUAAAAAAAUAAUCUCCAGAAAUCUAUUUGUUAGGUAUUCCUGUUGCCUUUUUUUACUGGGAGUAAAUUUAAAGUUAAUAUACUGUUGUCUCCAUAUGUGGAUGCUGUAGUUGAAGUGUACCCAGUCAAACAUUUUCUUGUUUGCUAAUUACUUAUGGGCAUUUUGUUCCUGCAAAUGUUUGUUGUUCAAAAAUUUCCACAUAAAAGGGAUUUAGGAAAACAGUUUGUAUAGCAAGAAGUGAUACAUGUUUUUGACUGUUCACUGUGGGGUAGUUUCGGAAAUAUACUGGGCAUAACAUAACACUGAGAAAAUGUUCUUAGAAGAGGAAUGUGCCAACUGUGUGAACAAAAUUCUGAUAUGUGGAUUCCACUGUAACUAUGUUUCUCAUCAUGUUAAACAUAUCAAGAGAUAUUGUAGACUUAAAAAUGAGAGUUAUAGGGUUAAUUGCUGUUGAAAGAGUUAUAUUUUUAAUCAAUUGCAAGUAUUUUGCACAAGUUUGAUCUAGGGUACUGUUUUGAGUAUAUGGCAUGGAAAUACUCCCUGAAAUGACCAUACCUUUACAUUACAUUACAAAGACAAUAUCAGUGCUUUAAAAGCACAAACAUACAUAGUAGUAUGCAGUCUUAUAUAAAGCAACAAAUUAAAUAUGUCCCUACAAUUUGAUAUGAAAAUAUCUUGCAAUUAAAAGUGUAUUACAAAUUGCAAUCUGUAAGGGCUGCCAUCUAUGCACAUCAUUGCUGCUAACUGAGCAUUAGUUUGGUUACAAUAAGAAAGGACUUUUUACAAUUAUAUCCACUGCAUGCUAUAUAAUGAUAGGGAAUGCUUUUUUUGCACUACAGUAUAAGCUGGAUAAAUUAUGAAAUUUUAAAGAGACUUCGUACUGUGAACCAUUUCUAUAAUUUCAAAGUUUAUAGACAAUCAUUAAAACAGGAUAUCUGGAGCUUCCAGAUUAAAUACUAUUUUAUGACAGUAAUUUUUCAGAUUUCUGAGGCUAAUAGCAAUGUUGAAAGUACAGCUUUUACAAAGUGAUGUUCACAUUAUGUAAUAUGGUUUUGCAUAAUAAUGCAUUGGCUUUAUUCUUGUAUUUACUUAGUAAUAUAUUAAUAGAGAAUGUGAGAGUAAAUUAUAUUUUUUCAGAUAUGUAAAUGUAUUAUUUGCCCAAUUAUUUUAAUAUCAGGGCUGAAAUAUGCAUCUUAUAUAGUUGAGUACUUUAUUGUACUAUAAGUGGGUUUUGGUUAAAACAGAUAUAUCAUACCAAAGGCCAAAUUACUAAAUGCACAUAUUUUUAUUCUAAGAAAAAAAUUAAAACAGCAACAAAAAAAUAGUUUAAAACCAUUUGAGAAAAGUUGCAGGCAUUAUUGUCAAUUGUGGUACUAAGAUUUGUAUAAGAACAAAAAAAAAAAAACAUAUUGGUUUGUAAAUUGGUAGUCUACAUGGAAUGCUUUUCAGACUUUAAGAAAAAGGUUCAUAUCCCACACAGUUUUUAAUGACAUAUAUAUUUUUUUGUUAUAUUUUCAUAUUUUCAUGUAUAGAACUACUAAUAGUUAAAGAGAGAUUAUGUGCCUAUCUUCUGCUGGUUUACAGUGGCUGAGCUCUUGAUUAAUUCUGUGGUUAUAACAAACCAUAUUAUUAAAAAUAUCCAGUUACAUUGUUUAGAGUGAAUUAAGCAUUCCAAAGUAUAACUUGAAAUGGUUCCAAAUAUUUAAUAUACACUUAUAUACAGUGUCAUUUUUGAAUAUACAUUGUACUUUAACCCCUUGACUGCCAAAGAGGGCUACAACACAUUACUUAGAAUUGAAAUGCAGCCAUACGUAGCAGCCAACGGGUUAGUGGAAAAUAAGGCACCUGGUACUGAGAAAAACAAAAAUGUUAUGGGGAAAUUGAAGGAACUUUAUUAAGCUUCCAUAGUAUGAGUUUACAAACAAUACAUAUCUGCAUGCAAUGAAAGCUGUAGUAAAUGUUCAUGGGUUUACUGUUUUUCACAAUCCUGUGGAAAGCAUCAUUUUAGCAAAGAUAUUUUUCUGCAUCUAUGCUUUAUGUGCAAAACAGAAAAUAAAAGGGAAUGUAUGUACCAAUUUAUAUUAAGCCAUCAAUUUGGUGGACGUUAGGUAAGUACAAUUUUUUGUUUAUUUACAGUUUCCCACAUCAGUCUUCAUAAUUCUGAAUUGAGCCUCAUCUCUAAGUAUAUUUCUAUGUAAACAGAACUGGAUUAAUUAUGUGUUUGUUCAUUCUCUUAUUUUUUUUUCUUUAUUUUUUUUUUUAAGUGUACACUGUCAUGUUGCAAUCAAUGUAUUGCAGACAACUAGAUUAUAUCUGAAUUAAAGCAACAUCUCAAAUGAAAUAGAUUUACUGUAGUUUUAUUGACUCAUCAAAACACCAGUACGAAAUAAAUCUGUACAAUUUGAAAGUAAAAUAAAAUAUGGCUUUCUAGAAGGCAGUCAUAAAAAAAUCGAAUGGAAACAAAAUGUAAGUUUAGAAGUUGGUGUAAUUUUUUUUUUUUGCGUACACCAAUAUUGUUUACAUGCACAAACAAUACUGAAUUGUCAUUUUAUAUAGUCUCAUGAAAUUAUUGAUUUAGUAGAUACAACUAAAUAAUCACUUUUGUCUUCCCUCUUCAAUAUUUGAGACAAAAUCUCUGAAAACAGUUGACAUUUUUAUAAGGAAGAGAAGGAAUCAAAUGGCAUUCUGUAAGGCCUUUCUAAUGUAUUGCAGGCACAACUGUUAGGGAAAAGGUUAAUAUAUUCUUGCAGAUUCCUGCAUUACUUUAAAAAAGUAUAUUGGGACUAAUGUAACCUGAACAUGUAUGCAUAUUGGAAACAUCUUGUGGUACUAUGCUGCAGUGAUUGACAAAACCCUGUAACCAUGGAGACAUAGCGAUUAAGAUUUUACUUGUGGCUCUUAACUAUUUAAAAUAUUUUUUAUAAAAAUGCUCUCUUGGCUAAUAAAAGUUUGUAUGGCUUGCUCUACAAUA